AUGGGGAGUCUCCACGAUUACGUCCUGAUUAUCACUGGAAGUGCGUCCGGUAUUGGCCUUGCGACAGCCACCAUAGCCCUAGAUGAAGGUGCCAGGGUAUUAGGUGUUGACAUCUCCUCCCCUCCCAGGUCCCUUAUUGAUCACUCAAACUUCAAAUUCGUUGAAGGCAAUCUGUCUCUUGAGCCAACUCCGAGACGGGUUGUUGAGGCGUGUGUCAAGGCAUUUGGUGGCAGAAUCGACGGACUGUUGAACAUCGCAGGGGUCAUGGAUCUCAAUCAAAGUGUCGACAGCCUAUCAGACACUAUGUGGGAAAGCUGUAUUGCAAUCAAUUUGACUGCGCCCGUGAAGCUGAUGCGUGAGGUUAUUCCGAUCAUGAGGCAACAGAAGAGCGGAAGCAUCGUGAAUGUGGCAAGCAAAGCUGCAUUGAGCGGCGCAGUAUCUGGGGUUGCUUACACAGCGAGCAAACACGGAUUAGUCGGGGCUACGAAGAACGUUGCGUGGAGAUUCAAGCAGGAGAAUAUACGCUGUAACGCCGUCUGUCCGGGGGCUGUUGAUGGUACCAGCAUUCACAGAGGACUAGAAACGAGCCAAUUUGAUAGUGAGGCAUUGGGAACAAUGUCACUAAUCCACGAGGCUCAUAUGCGUGACAGAGAAAGGGGAAUCCACAUUCAGCCUGAGGAUAUCGCACGCAGUCUUCUGUUCCUGGUGUCUAGUCGCAGCAAUGGGAUUAAUGGUGCUAUUAUCCCCAUUGACAACGCCUGGUCAACAAUCUAG